AUGAGAUUAUCAUUUUGUAUUUUUAUUUUUGUUACAUUUUUCGACAUCAGUUUUGUUGCAUCACGAUGUGAUUUUUCUACAAACUUGACAGCGGAAAAAAUCGGAGAAUUAUUUGAUGAAAAUUGCGCUACAAUUAGUUUGGAAAAAUUGGUGUUUUCGCUCAAGGUUCUUCUUUCAGAUAACCAAAAAAUGUACCUUGCAAAAGAAUUGCUACCUAAAGGUUUCAAAUUGACUCCCAGCAAAUGCGAAGAUUCUGAAGUGUAUAGUGAUGAAGUAAAGGAAAUCUACGAAGGUAUAAUUUCUCAAAACUUAACGAAAAUAUCUGUUUACGAGCUAUUACAUGUUCCGGAACUCAUGUCUAAUGCUACUCACUUGAGAAGAAUUAGGAACACUAUUUGUUCUCCUAGACCAGUAAGACCUAGAAGACACAUCAAAAAUAGAAAUCCGAGUAAUGUCCCAGGUGCAUCCCCUUACGUUGUAUAUGAAGGAAUGGUAGAGAUGUAUAAUUCUGACUCUUCUGCUCAAGUUGGUAACCAGUCACUCUCCAUCAGUGAUAAUUAA